GCGUCUGUCUCUCUGUCUCACUGCAGUAAGAAUGGCCUCAAACUUGUGGUCAGAGGAGCAGUUCAUCUGUCCAGUGUGUCUGGAGAUAUUGAAGGACCCAGUGGCUAUUCCAUGUGGACACAGUUACUGUUUGGGGUGUAUUAAGAACUACUGGGAUAAUACUGAUCAUACAGGUGUCUACAGCUGCCCUCAGUGCAGAGAGACCUUUACUCCAAGGCCUGUUCUGUGCAAGAACACCAUGCUGGCUGAAGUUGUGGAGAGAUUAAAGAAGACAGGGCCCAAUCCUCCUCCUGCUCAAAGUUGUGCUGGACCUGGAGAUGUGCCAUGUGAUUUCUGCACUGGGAGAAAGCUGAAAGCUGUAAAAUCCUGUUUGACUUGCCUGGCCUCUUACUGUGAAACACAUGUUAAGUCUCAUAGUGAAGUUACAACAUUAAAGAAGCACAAACUGAUCGAUGCAACUGGAAAUCUGGAGAAGUUGCUUUGUUCUGAACACCAGAAGAUUUUGGAGGUCUUCUGCAGAACCGAUCAGACCUGUAUUUGUUUGUUGUGUGCUGAUGAGGAACAUAAAAGCCACGACACCUUACCAGCUGAGAAAGAAAGGUCUGGGAAACAGAAGCAGCUGGGAGAGACGCAGAUGGAAAUAGAAUUGAGAAUCCAGAAGAAACUGAAAGAAGUGGACGAGCUGAAGCAGGCUGUGGAGUCACUGAAGAUAUCUGCACAGAGAGAUAUAAAGGAAAGUGAGAAGAUCUUCACCAAGCUGAUCGAAUCCAUUGAGAAGAUCCAGUCUGAGGUUAUUGAGCUGAUUGGAGCAAAUGAGAAGGCUUCAGUGAAUCAGGCUGAAGAACUCAUGAAGAAACUGCAGCAGGAGAUUGUUCAGCUAAGGAGGAGAGACGCUGAGCUGAAACAGCUUUCAGAAAUAGAAGAUCACAUCCAUUAUUUACAGAAUUUCAAGUCACUCUGUGCCCCUCCUGAAGCUGGAGUCUUACCCAGCGUUACUGUCAACUCUGACAUCUCUUUUGGGGCUGUGAUGAAAGCAGUUUGUGAACUUAAAGACAACAUUGAGAACUUCUGCGAGAAGGAAUUAGUCAGCAUCACCAAAACAGUGAAUGAAGUUGCAGUUUACAGUCUGGAGUCUCCAGAGCCGAGGACCAGAGCAGAGUUUUUAAAAUAUUCCUGUCAGCUCACGCUGGACCCCAACACAGCAUAUAGAGAGCUCUGUCUGUCUGAAGGGAAUAGAAAGGUGACACUGAGGGAAGAUACCCAGCCAUAUCCAGAUCACCCAGAGAGAUUUUACAGCUGGUACCAAGUGCUCUGCGAAGAGGGUUUGUCUGGGACUCGCUGCUACUGGGAGAUUGAGUGGAGUGGGGGUUGGGCUUAUAUAGGAGUCACAUAUAAAGGAAUUAGCAGGAAAGGAGAGGAUGUUUCCUGUUGCCUUGGAUUCAAUGACAAGUCCUGGAGUUUGUUCUGCUCUAGUUCCACUUACACUUUCUGGCACAAUAACAAUAAAACUGCAAUAACUGCCCCCUGCACCUCCAGAAUAGGAGUGUAUCUAGACUUUAAUGCCGGCAUUUCAUUUUAUGGAAUCUCCGGUGACACAAUGACCCUCCUGCACAGAUUCCAAACCACAUUCACUGAGCCACUCUAUCCUGGGUUUAGACUCUUUUCUGAUUCCACUGUAGAAAUCUGCCAGCUAAACUAGACUGUUCAGUGUUUUAAGAAACCCUUUGUAUUGAACUGUCUUCUCUCCUCAGGUGAAGGGGAUGUUCAGUUUGACACAGGGGGUAAAAUGGCAACUGCAGAGUGAAAUUAUUUGUUUCUAAACUGGCUGAUUUCAGAAAUGACUUUUAAAUAGAAGGAGGUUUGCACCAGGCUCUUUUAUUUGGGCCAGAGGAGAGGGUCAUAAGCAGGGGGUUCUGGUUUCCGGGUUUUAUUUUUAAUCACGUGAUGUCCCUUUAGAUGUGUUUUGAGCCAACUCGCUUUCUUAAUCAAACUAAUUACCAAUGGAAGCUGUUUCUUUACCCUGAUAUAUUGAUUGUGUUAACAAAUGAUGUGCAUUGAUCUCACCUGAUUCUAUUUGAAGUUGCAUUUCGUUCUGGCUGAAUUCAGCUUAUUAACUUCCACUGCAUUGGUUUCUAGAAGUGUGUUUGUUUUCUCCCGCUGAUUUACAUGUUGUUUCUCUUUAUCUGCUAUUUAGUUAAGGAUUAAUAACUAUUAAUUAAGGUAGAGGGAUGGAAAAUAAAACCUGAAAACCAGAACCCCUAGUCAUAAGCAAGCAUAUCAAACACAAUGCGAGACAGAUUAAAAUAAGAAACAUUUAUAUAAAAGAGGACUUCGUUUCAGUUCUCAAAUAUAAUGCACACAUUUCAAAGUCAGUUUCUUUCAUAACUAGGAUCAUUAUACAUCAGUAUUAGUAAACACAAUAAGUAAAAAUGUUGGUAUUAAGUAUCUAUAAAAACAGAUGAUUUAGUAAGAUGUAGAAUUUCUAAUCAAUACAUUGAGAUUACUGAAAUGUGUUGUUAUUAUUUUGUUAUUUGAGAUCAUUUAUUAUUUCGAUUGGAAGAAUGUUAUAUAAAUUUAACAGCCAGCAGGGUGACUGCAUUAGUAUAAUGUUUAGAGCUGUAAAGUUUGUCCACUACACUAACCCAAAUUGUCUGUUUUAUUUAGUAAAGUGUGUAUCAAUUAAAAAAAUAUGUUCUAACAAUAUGAUUCAAUAAUGCAGUUUGAUAUUCUAUAGUUUUGGUUUCUAGCUUUGUUUGAUGAAAUAAGAAAAAUAAAAUAGAUAAAUAAUUCAAACCAAUCAAAGUCUCUGUAUUAUUCACUCGGUCUAAUAAAGAAUAGUAUACUGCACCUUCUCUUUAUCAACUUGUUUUUCUCUGCUUGUCUCUCUGGGAUGGAUUCCAAUGGUGAAUG